AUCAGUCCCGCCUCUGUUAAUGAUUGACAGCUGAAAACUCCAAACGGCAAUUUGGAGGAAACUAACAAGAAGUAAGGAGUUGCCUUCUUCCUCUCAGUGCUAUCUUGCAUUCAUCGUGGAAUCAAGGAUUCCAGGUCCGAUUACUUCUGAGGAGACAAACAUCAACGGUGGUUCAGAACCAGAUCGUGGUGCAGAAACAACUCGGAGAAUGAAUGAUGGUGGGGGGAGCUCCACGACAUCGGAGAGCGAUGAACUGGUUUUCUAUGUCAAUGGACACAAGGUGGUGGAGAGGAAUGUGGACCCUGAACUCAACCUGAUAACCUACCUGAGGAGAAAAUUGGGCCUGACGGGGACCAAGCUCGGCUGCGGAGAGGGAGGAUGCGGCUCCUGCACCGUGAUGGUCUCCAAGUACAACGUCCCCCAGGGGAAGAUCGUACACAUUGCCAUAAACGCCUGCCUGGCCCCCCUCUGCUCUCUCCACCGUACCGCCAUCACCACCGUGGAGGGGAUCGGGAGCACCGCCACUCGGCUCCAUCCAGUCCAGGAGCGCAUCGCAAAGGCCCACGGCAGCCAGUGUGGAUUCUGCACCCCCGGGAUGGUCAUGUCCAUGUACACCCUGCUACGGAACGACCUCAAUCCCACGCUGGAGGACAUCGAAGACACUCUCCAAGGAAACCUGUGUCGCUGCACGGGCUACCGACCCAUCGUGGAGGGAUACCGCACCUUUGCCCAGACAUCGAUCUGCUGUGGAGGAGCUGGUGUCAACGGGAGAUGCUGCAAGGAAGAGAAAUCACCCAAACUCUUCGAAUCGUCCGAGUUCCUGCCUCUGGAUCCCACUCAGGAGCCCAUCUUCCCCCCGCAACUGGCAUGUUGUGAAUCUCCUCGGAGUACGUUGGUUUUCAGAGGGGAAAGGGUCACCUGGAUUCAGCCCACAACCCUGGAGGAGCUGCUGGCCCUGAAGACCAAACACCCUGAGGCCAGGCUGGUUGUUGGCAACACGGAAGUGGGCAUCGAGAUGAAGCUGAAGAACAUGUUGUAUCCGGUGAUUCUGGCCCCGGCUCACAUCCCAGAACUGAACUUCACCCGACACACGGAUACAGGGAUCGUGUUCGGGGCAGCGUGCAGCCUGAGCCACGUGGGGGACGUGUUGAAGGAGGCGGCGCGCGGACUCCCCAGAUACAGGACGGAGAUCUUCAGGGCUGUGUUGGAGCAGCUGCGCUGGUUUGCCGGGCCACAGAUCCGCAAUGUGGCGGCUGUUGGAGGGAACAUCAUGACGGCUAGCCCAAUCUCGGACCUCAACCCUCUGUUUGUGGCCUCAGGAUGUCUCCUCACCCUGGCCUCCUCAGGGACGACCAGGGUGAUGAAGAUGGAUGGAGCUUUCUUUACCGGCUACAGGAAGACGGCCGUAUCACCACAGGAGGUGCUGCUGUCUGUGGAGAUCCCCUUCACUAGGAAGGGUGAGUACUGCUCAGCGUACAAACUGGCCCAGCGUCGGGAGGAUGACAUUGCCAUAGUGAACGGUGGGAUGCGAGUUGCCUUCAGGGAGGGCAGCAGUGUGGUGGAGGAGAUGGGGCUGAGCUACGGAGGCAUGGGGCCCACAACCGUGUCAGCAGAGAGGACCUGUCGGCAGCUUCUGGGCAGACAGUGGAACGCCGAGCUUCUCCAUGACGGCUGCUCACUGCUCGUGCCCGAGCUCGCACUCUCUCCCUCUGCUCCCGGUGGGAUGGUGCAGUUCCGACGGACCCUCAGCCUCAGCUUCUUCUUCAAGUUCUACCUCAGCGUCCUCCAGAAACUGGGACAAGACUUCCCGGAGGCUUUUCAUGUUGAACCUGUCUUACCGGAAUACAUCAGUGCCACCGAGUUAUUCCACAAGGACCCCCCCUCGUCUGUGCAACUGUUCCAGGGAGCGCCUCCUGACCAGGUCUCCUCGGACAUGGUAGGCCAGCCUCUGCCGCAUCUGUCCAGCUUCCAGCAAGCCACAGGAGAGGCCAUUUACUGCGAUGACCUGCCAAGCCUGGAGAGGGAGCUGUACCUGGCUCUGGUGACCAGCACGGAAGCUCACGCCCAGAUCAGUUCCAUUGACAGCAGCCAAGCUCUGCAGAUUGCUGGAGUCACCUGCUUCCUCACUGCCAAGGACAUCCCAGGAAGCAACGUGACGGGGCACAUCGCAAUGGACGAGACGGUGUUUGCUGAUGGUGUGGUCACGUGUGUGGGUCACAUCAUUGGGGCAGUCGUUGCCGAUACAGAAGCUCAUGCCCAGAGAGCAGCAAAGGCCAUCAAGGUCACCUACACAAAGCUGGAGCCCAUCAUCACCAUACAGGAGGCCAUCAGCCACAGUUCGUACCACAUUCCUCCCGUCAAGCUUGAGAAUGGAGACAUCAAAGGCGGAUUUGAACAAGCCGACAACAUCAUUGAGGGGGAAAUACACAUUGGAGGCCAGGAGCACUUCUACCUGGAGACCCAUUGUUCAUUGGCGGUGCCCACGGGCGAAGACGGAGAGAUGGAGAUCUUCUCAUCAACACAGGCCCCAUCACAGACACAGAAUCUUGUUGCCAAGGUGCUCGGGGUCCCAGCCAACAGGAUUGUGUGUCGGGUGAAGCGCCUCGGUGGGGGCUUUGGUGGGAAGGAGUCACGUAGCAUGAUGCUGGCGACGGUGGUGGCAGUCGCUGCCCACAAGACCAAGUGUCCCGUGCGAUGUGUACUCAGUCGUGAUGUGGACAUGUUGGUGACCGGGGGAAGGAAUCCUUUCCUGGGACGUUACAAGGUGGGGUUCCAGAAGAGUGGGGAAAUCGUGGCUGUGGACCAGACACUUUACUGCAAUGCAGGAAAUAGCCUGGAUCUGUCAUCUUCUAUAAUGGAGUGGGCACUGUUCCACAUGGGCAACGCUUACAAGAUCCCCAACAUUCGGGGAGUUGGCCACGUCUGCAAGACCAACCUGCCUUCCAACACGGCCUUCCGAGGAUUCGGGGGCCCUCAGGGAAUGCUGAUCGCUGAGACAUGGAUGGACGCCGUGAUCCGGAAGAGCGGACUGCCCGCAGACCAGGUGCGGAGGUUGAACCUGUACAAAGAGGGAGACGUCGCCCACUUCAGCCAAAAGAUGGAAGAUGUGAACAUUGGGAAAUGUUGGGAUGAAUGUGUGGAGAGCUCGUCCUACCACAGCAGGAGGAAGGCAGUGGAUGAAUUUAACAGGCAGCAUUGCUGGAAGAAGAGGGGGCUGGCGAUAAUCCCCACCAUGUUUGGAAUUAGCUUCACUGCCACGUUCCUCAAUCAGGCGGCAGCUUUGGUUCACAUUUACACUGACGGCUCGGUGCUCCUGACCCACGGCGGCACGGAAAUGGGCCAAGGGCUUCACACCAAGAUGGUGCAGGUGACUAGUAAAAUGCUGGGAAUUCCAGUUUCCCGGAUACACAUCUGUGAGACGAGCACCAACACGGUUCCGAACACAAGCCCAACUGCAGCCUCUGCCAGCUCCGAUAUGAACGGAAUGGCAAUUAAGAUUGCGUGUCAGACUCUUCUGGAGAGAUUGGAGCCAUUUAAAUCAGCCAAUCCAACAGGAAGCUGGGAGCAGUGGGUCUCCUCAGCGUACAUGGAUAGAGUGGGACUGUCAGCCACGGGAUUUUACAGGACUCCUGAUCUGAACUAUGAUUGGAAAGAGAACAGGGGGAAACCUUACAGUUACUUCAGUUACGGCGUGGCCAGCUCAGAGGUGGAAGUUGACUGUCUCACCGGGGACCACAAGAACCUGCGCACGGAUAUCGUCAUGGACGUGGGUCUGAGCCUGAACCCGGCGGUGGACAUUGGGCAGGUGGAAGGAGGCUUUGCCCAGGGUCUGGGUCUCUUCACUCUGGAGGAGUUGCGUUAUUCUCCGGACGGAGUCCUGUACACACGGGGUCCGGGCAGCUACAAGAUCCCGGCGGCUGGCGACAUUCCUGCCCGGUUCAACGUGUCCCUGCUUCGGGAAGCUCCCAACAAGAAAGCCAUCUAUUCAUCCAAGGCCGUCGGAGAGCCCCCUCUGUUUCUUGCCGCCUCCAUAUUCUUUGCCAUCAAGGAUGCGGUGGCCGCCAGCAGGACUGGGGCCGGAGCCAUGGAGCCGUUCCGUCUAGACAGCCCGGCCACGCCAGACAGGAUACGACUCGCCUGCACCGACUUCCUCACCCAGAUGUGCCCUCCUGCGGAACCGGGAACCUUUACUCCUUGGAACGUCGAGGUGUAGCCCGAGCCCAGGAGAGGAACGAUUCCACCGUGUGCAUAAGGCAGCAUGGAUCAUCAUUGAGCUGCCCUCCCUUCUUCAUCGCUCAAAGACCCAGCAACAGAGCCUGGACCUCCAGGCAACCCCUGCGACCAUCCCCAUCCCACAACACAAUAAAACCCCACACCUACCGCAUUCACUGUUCCAGAUGUGGCUUGCAGGACACCAAGCAUAGACUGGGCAAACCAUUCACCAAACACCUGCGCUCGGUCCGCCAAGGCCCGCUGGAUCUCCCAGUUGCUCCCCUUCCCAUCCCUACAUUGUUCUUUCUGUCCUGGGCCUCCUCCAUUGUCAGAGUGAGGCCACACGCAAGCUGGAGGAACAGCACCUCAUAUUGCACUUGGGCGGCCGACAACCCCAUGGUGGAAACAUUGAAGUCUCCAAUUUCAAGUAAUACCACCCCAACCUCCACCCCCUCUGUUUCCUAUACCCCCCACUCUCGCCAUCUCCCAACCUCCCAUCCUUCUAAACUCCAGCAAGUACAGGGCCAGUGCCAUCAAGCAUUCAGCUAUCUAGGUAUCUAUCAACCUAUGUUUCCAAUGUUCAAGGAUUUUGUUCCUGCUGAUGUUUGAAGAAGAGUUUCAAAGAUUUCAAAGAGAGGAAGCAAAAUAUCCACCUCAUUCCCUUUGCCUGCAUGUGAUCCAUAUCCCUGCAUUCUCUGCAUAUGCAUGUGCCUAUCUAAAAGCCACUAUCGUAUCAGCCACCACCACCACCUUUCUCACUGCAUUCCAGGCACUCAUCAGUCACAGAAGGCUUAAAGCGCGCACCACCAGACUCGGGAACAGCUUCUUCCCCUCUGUUAUCAGGCUUCUGAACGGUCCUUCCAUGAGCUAGGGUGCCGUCCGAUUCACCUCUACCCCAUUGCGGACAUUGGGCUUUGUCUGUGGAACUGGUGCGCUACAAUGCUGAGAACUAUAUUCUGCACUCUGUAUCUUCCCCUUUGCUCUACCUAUAGUACUUGGUUUGGCUUGAUCAUAUUUAUACAUAGUAUUAUCCGAUUUCAUUAGAUUGCAAUCAAAAAAAAGCUUCACUGACAAGUGACAAUAAUAAACUUAAACCUACAUUGAAGAAAACUUAACCUGCACAUCUCCUUUAAACGUUUCCACUUAAAACUAUUAUUUUUAGUCUUUGACAUCUCCAUUCUGUUUAGUUUAGUUUAGUUUAUUGCCACGUGUACCGAGGUACAGUGAAAAGCUUUUUGUUGCGUGCUAACCAGUCAGCAGAAAGACAAUACAUGAUUACAAUCGAUCCAUUUACAGUGUACAGAUACAUGAUUAGGAACUAACACUUAGUGCAAGGUAAAGCCAGCAAAGUCCGAUCAUGGAUAGUCCGAGGGUCACCAAAAAGGUAGAUAGUAGUUCCGGACUGCUCUCUGGUUGUGGUAGGAUGGUUCAGUUGCCUGAUAACAACUGAGAAGAAACUGUGCAAAAUGCUCUGACUGUCUAUCCUAUGGAUGCCUCUCACAAUUUUGAUGAGGUCUCACCUCAGCCUCUGGUGCUCCAGAAAAAUCAAUGCAAGAUUGUCCAACCUAUCCUUAUAGUUUAUGCCCUCUAAUCCAGGUAGCACGUGUGUUAAGAAUCAAAACUAUUGAUCAUCUAUAUUACCUGCUAAGGUUCAUAACUGAAGCAUAACUUUUUUUUUCUGUUUGCAUAAAUAAAACUCUGCACAAUCAAAUCUUUGGCAUAUAUGGAAAGAUUCCCACAAGUUUUCCCGUGCCCUGUUUAAACAUCUCCUGAGGAUAUACAGAUUAAACGCGGGGACACACUGUGAAUUGCAAGUCAUGCGUAUAUGGAAUGAUUUUUAUGUAAAAGACAUCUACUCACUUCAGCAUAUGAUCAAGAAGUAAAUUAUAAUAAACAAUUCAAUG